AUGUCCUGCGGUUACUUCCCCAGCUGCGGCCCAUCCUGCGCUGUCCCAUCCUGCCUUCCAGCUUGCGGCUCCCCAUGCGGCUACCCCGGCAGCGGUCUGGGCUCUCUGGGUUCGUGCGGCGGGUACUACGGCGGCGCGACCUCAGCCAGUUCCCUCGGCCUCACCAGCGGGGGCAACAUCGGAUGCGUCACCCAGUUGCCACCAUCGGAAAUGGUGAUACAACCAGCUCCUUGUUGUGUUACGAUCCCGGGGGCAGUCCUCUCUGCUUCUUGUGAGCCUGUCCGUGUGGCAGGGUACACCGCCUGUGGUGGAGGCAGCACUCUAGGUGGUGGCCGCUUCGGUGGAAGCAUCUGUGGCUACCCCUGUUAA